AUGAAAGAUCAUCAAGAUUUGGGCGGUAGCCAAAGUGGUGUACCAGUGAGGUACAAAAUGACCUCGGAACUGUUUAUGACUCGUAUAUUCAACGAUGUGUGUUUGGUCCUUCGAAAAUCGGAUAAGAAGUGUGGUGCUUUCGCCAUACUCAAUAGUGUUUGGUCCUUCGAACGUCGGAUACAGAAAAAAGAAAAAAUCAGCGUCAUGGCAAAUUACACAAGAAGCCGCAAGAACAGAUCAGAAUCGGGAAUCGGUGAAUCGGAACGCGCCUUACAAGCAAAUUCUGCCACCUUUCAACAGAUCCACGAAGAAUCUCCGAGAUCACCAUCAACAGCCGUAGAAACAAUAUCACAAGGAAGAGCAAUAGAAAAAUCGCUAGUGCGAAUUUCUAUGGCACCCCCGGCGCCCCUCGCCCCGCUAGAAGGAGAUAGCGCACAACCGUCGACGUCACAGCGGACAGAGACGACUCAGUCUUGUAGGCCUCCAUCGCCUACAGGUACUGUGCGCUCUCGGCGCUCGACAAACAGCGCUAUAGCCCGCAUUAGAUUGGCCGAGUACGAGGCUGAAAAGCAACUAGCGGAGCUCGAAGAAAGGCGCCUGAACAUACAGAAAAAUCUAAUCAAAAGGCGAUUAGAAGCGAACAUCUCGGCGAUAGAAGCGGAUGAAGCGGCGACCAUAGACGAAAAUGAAAUAGUCUGCGAAUGGAUCGAUAGGAGUCAAGCUACCAACCAACCACAGGAGCCAGACGUACAACCUCCCCUCGCAACGGAAGUGCGGGGGGAGGAGCGGAUGCAACAAAGAGGGGAAGGGAUCGAACAGCUCGCAAACGUGUUAGAGAAAAUGAUCCAUUCCAGACCGCCGCCGCGACAGACGUCGGACCUCCUGCCAUUCAACGGUAGCAUCAUGGAGUGGCUUCCCUUCAAGGCGGCUAUGGAGGAUUCGACGCGACUGUAUAAGUUCAGCGCAACAGAGAAUCUUCUCCGACUAAGAAAUAGCCUCCGAGGGGAAGCAAGAGAGAUAGUGCUCUCUCAGCUAUACACGGCAACUCACCCGGAUCUUAUUAUGAAGACGCUGGAAAUGAAGUAUGGCCGGCCCGAAUACAUCGUAGAUAAGGCGAUGGAAGAUCUAAAGAGACUUCCGAGGGUCGGCAGCUCCAGCGGGGAAUUGAACGAGUUAGCCGUCAAGCUCCAGAACAUCGUCUACACAAUGAAGAGUGUAGACAAAAGAGGUUAUCUCCAGAAUCCGCUAUUAAUAAGGGACGUCAUGGAGAAGCUUAGCCCGCAUUUAAUAAGCAAAUGGGCGGAACACGCGGCGGUGAAUGAAGAGAGAAUCGCCUGUGACAACGAGAUAACGGUGCUCGCCGAGUUUUUGAUGGCGGAAGCAGACAAGCUGCUACGUUUCACGCACACCGGUAGACACGGCGCUUCAGGGUUUCUCAGAAGGGAGCGACCAACAACGAAGAGGACCGUGGUUAAAGAAAGGGUAUUUACUACUAGUGAAGCAACGCGUGAAGAGCAAUCAGUCAUGUGCUUCCGAUGCAAGUCGACGAGUCACUAUACCCCGUUGUGUCCGCAGCUAAAGAAACUUACUACGAAUGAAGUGUGGAAGUGGGCUAAGGAACAGCGGCUAUGCUUCAGAUGUAUGAAGCGGAAACAUAGCAGAGCCACAUGCCAGGCAAAACUCUGCGGAGUCGAUGGAUGCAAGAUGCCACACCACGCCAUUUUGCACAAAAAAACAGAAAUUGUUCCUAAAGAGGAAGAACCGUGUGCAGAACAGAGCACACCGGCGACAGUAAUGAAUGUCGCAACAAAGUCAAUGCCAGGAACCGUGUUACUGAAGACCUGCAAGGUAAAAUUAAGUGGUCUACGGGGGGAGGUCAUCACGGACGCGCUCCUCGACGAAGGGUCUACAGUAACGUUGAUCGACGAAGACCUGGCAUACGAGAUCGUCAAAGGGGGUCCGAAGAAGCCGCUCAAGCUUAAAGGUAUCAAUGAAGAUCGACGAGUGAGCAGCGCAACGGUGAAGUUCCACAUCCAAGGCGUACACGAGGAUGUGAAACACGAGAUUACAGCAAGAACGGUCAAAGGGUUGCAGCUGUGUCGGCAGCGAGUACCGGAUAAUUUGACUCGAUACAAACAUCUACGAGGCGUCGUGAGACACACCGUCAACGAAGAUGUCAAGCCUCGGAUGUUGAUCGGUGCUGACAACUGGCACCUGAUUGUGUCGAGACAACUGCGUACCGGUAAACACAACGAACCAGCCGCAUCGAGAACCAUGCUGGGAUGGGUGAUCCACGGUUCAGUGCCCGAAAGGAUUAUAAUGCAGAAAGAAGAAUCUGUGCUCCACGUGUUCACCCCAGCCAGCGAUUUGCAGCUGCAAAGGCUCGUCGAGAAACACUUCGACGUCGACUCACUGGGAAUAACGAACAAAACUCGAGUCAGUGAGAACGACAAGAGAGCGGAGCGGAUCCUAAAGGAGACGAUCAAACGAAAAGGCAAUCAGUUCGAGGUCGGUUUACCAUGGAAAACUGACAACCUGGUACUACCCGACAGCUACGAAUACGCGCUCAAGAGGCUUCGCACGCUCGAAAAGAAAAUGAGCAAGGAGCCCGCAUUCAAAAGCGAAUACGGGAAGCAAGUCGCGAAUCUCAUCGGUAAGGGCUACGCAGAGGAAUGCGACGGUAGCGAACAAGCAAGCAGCGUCAAGUGGUACCUACCACACUUCGCCGUCGUCAACAUAAACAAGCCAGAACGGGUACGGAUGGUGUUCGACGCAGCGGCCAGAGUGGACGGCGUGAGCUUGAACGACUGCCUUCUGGAGGGACCGGAUUUGCUAGCAUCGUUGACCGGUAUAUUAUUCGGGUUCCGCGAGAAGAAGAUCGCGGUCACGGCGGAUAUCGAGGAAAUGUUCCUACGAGUGAAGAUCCGCCCCGAAGAUCAACCGGCACAGAUGUUCCUGUGGCGAGACGGUCCCAAUGAAAAACCGCGCACAUUUAAAAUGACGUCAAUGAUAUUCGGAGCGUCGUGUUCACCGUUUCUCGCUCACAGCGUGAGAAACUACAACGCUUCCGAAUUUGAAGACGAGUACCCCGAGCCAGCGCGAGCCAUAAAGGAGAAACACUACAUGGAUGACUACUUAGACAGCUUCGACGAUGAAAACAAAGCGGUCGAAACGAUACGGGACGUCAUGCGAAUACAUGAAAGGGCUAACUUUAACCUGCGGGGAUGGAACUCGAACAGCACAAAGGUGCUCGAGAGUAUACCGGACGUUAAGCGAUCAAAGAACUCAGACGUCCGACUGACGGCGCACCAAAUGGAGAAGACUCUCGGGCUCAGAUGGAACCCGAGAGAGGACACUGUCGGCUUCAAUACGGACAUCAAAAGAGUCCCGGAAGCCGUCAAAACUCAACGUAGAGUGCCGACAAAGCGGGAGGCACUAAGCGCCGUCAUGUCUAUCUACGAUCCACUAGGACUCAUUAACCAGUACACCGUGGUAGGGAAGAUAAUCCUACAAAGGCUGUGGCUGAAGAAGGUGCAAUGGGACGAAGAGCUCCCAAGCGACGAAGCUGAAGAGUUUCAGCAGUGGGUAACCGGUCUAGAAGACAUCUCCGCCCUGGCUCUGCCGCGAUGCUACAGUAUGGAGAUAGCACCGGGGUCAGAAGUACAGCUGCACGUGUUCAACGACGCUAGUGAACAAGCCUUUGCGACGACAGCCUACUGGAGGAUCCGUCACGAGGACGGCGCCAUAGAAGUAGCGCAUGUCAUGGGAAAAGCAAAGGUGGCGCCGUUAAAGCUGUUAACGAUACCGCGGCUAGAACUGCAGGCGGCGGUUAUUGGAGCUCGGAUGGCCAGUGUGAUAGUUAAAGAACACACAUGGAAACCGAGCAAGGUUGUUUACUGGACCGACUCCAAAACGGUGCUUCAUUGGAUCCGAAACGAAGACAAGAAGUACACACCGUUCGUGGCACACAGGCUUGCUGAAAUCGCCGAGUUAUCACAUAGAGACGACUGGCGAUGGAUAUCAACAGACGACAACGUAGCAGACGACGCUACGCGCAUUGGAACCAGACGGAUAAGCAGAACGGACCGCUGGUUCAAUGGACCUUCGUUUUUGAGAACGCCUGAGGAAGAGUGGCCUACAAUGAUACCGGACGGCGAGCGAAGCGACGAAGUAGUGUACAGUACGUCAGAAGGGAGUAGGGGAAGCUCUUGGGGUAAAUACGGACCAGUGCUGGGUUAA